AGGAAAUCAAAGGAGUCCGCUUAGCCCAAUUCUCGAAGUGAUCACAUGGUAGUGGGAGCGACAUCAUGUGCUUCCAUUUAAUCCCCCUGCAGUUGCGCUUCAACUAUGAAAGCAGCAAUGUGCAUGCGGGGUGCAACGAGGUCACAAUGGGGACCCAGUGUCAUUUUUGCGGACGAUCGUUAUUCAACAACAACAAACAACAACAACCAACAACAACAACCAACAACAACAACCAACAACAACCAACAACAACCAACAACAAACAACAAACAACAGCAGCAGCAGAGAACCAAAAUCCACGGAUGGACCGAUAAGCCUUUCAACAAGAGGGCGCAGACACACAAACGGACACGGCGCUUGCUAUUACUUGAAUUUAUUUUCGAUCGUGACGUCGACCCUCCCCCCAUUGACUGGCAAAUGGACCCAAAAUGGUAACGUUCAAGCCCAAAAUAAGCACCAAGAAGGGCAUGGAUCGAUGUGUUCUUUGUGUUUCUUACAGUGUUCCCGUUUUGUUGCAAGUUAAAAAGUCGAGAGCAGGUGAGCAUCGGAAAUGUGCGUUUUAAAGGAAAAACAGAUCACUACUACAGUUGGGUUCACCAGACUCCUCCCAUUUGUCUCCUACUACACAUUUUUGGUGUCAAAUGUCGACGCAACUCCAACCUGCCCAGCCGCCUCCCUCUCAUUCGUGGGACCUCCAUUGGCUGCGACACACCCACACCACCGAAACCGCCUGCUUCCUGGCGUACAAAUAGCUGCUCUGAACAGGAAAUGACAUCACAGCGCUUUUGUACGUCGAGAACCCAAAACAAAAUAUGAGAAGCAGAUGUGUUUUAGGCGUGUUUUGAAAAGAAGGGUAAACUGGAGUGUGCAGAAGUGGUUUUAGUGCAUGACUCAUCGAGAAGAAGAAUGUCAGGAGGCCAUGAAGAGAGUCAAAGUGGAGCAAGUUUUUUCUUCUCCAAUCCUCUGAUGAGUGAUGUUGAAGCAGACUGGAGUCCAAUUCAUGAUGCUGCAUCAAAUGGUCGCAUGCUGACAUUACAAAGGCUCAUUGCUCAGGGCGCAUGUGUGAACUUGAGCACGUUGGACCAGGUCUCCCCCCUCCAUGGAGCAUCUUUACAGGGCCAUGCAGGCUGUGUGAAGCUGCUGCUUCAACAUGGUGCUAAUGUAAACAGUUCGACGUUGGAUGGACGAACAGCGCUGUCGGAAGCGUGCGGCCGGGGUCAUGUGACCUGUGUGUCGCUGCUCCUUCGGCACAGAGCGAGGCCUCUGGGGAGCAGCGUAUCCAACUCUCCAAUGCACGUGGCCGCAUCUAAAGGUUACCCAGAAUGCAUUGAAUCUCUCGCCCAGCACGGCGCUGACUUAGAUCAGAACGUUCAUCAGUCUGGCACCCCGCUCCAUGUUGCCUGCUCCAGUCAGCAGCUGACUGCUGUGAAGAAAUUGCUUGAACUUGGUGCAAAUGUAAACGUGGGCAGGUCCGGCGAGUCCCCCCUGCACAUUGCCGCCCGCGCAUCCAAUCCAGAGAUGGUGUCAGUUCUGCUGGAGCACGGGGCGGACACCUCCCUACAAAACCCGGAGGGCAAACGUCCUGUGGACUUGGCGGCCUCCAACAGCGCUGUGGAGAAGUUGCUCAGACAAAGUGCAGCACUCAAAGUGAAUCUCAAAGUUGAGUGACGCUUGGGCGAAAGAGGCGAUCAAAGAAUCCCCGCCCUCUUCUCUCCGGGGGAAGCAUUAAAAAGUAAGUAACACAGCUCGCAAACAUUGAAGCAUUUAAGGCUGGCUGCAAUGUAUUUAUUGGCCAAAUUCGUAGCCUUGAGCUGUCAAUAUCCUCACUUCAAAGCGGCUACGUACACGGAAACAGAUCUUGACGGCAAGCUCUGACUAAUACUUGCUCGUUUGUACCGAUGCCUGGUAUUGAUACUCGCCCAUCCCUAAAAAAAUAUUUUAAUCAAUAUAAGCAACUUGUUUUUUUUUGUUGCAAGUAGCUUCUCUCGAGUGUGUUAUUGCAGUGUCUUGCUUAGAGUGGCAGGAAGCGUAGACACUCACGACCAAGACAAUUAAUUAUUUUACAAGGAAAAGAUUUUGAUCAAGCUGCUGCACGUAUCUUAUUGAGCCAUUUCCUAGACUUUUGUUUGGGGAAGAAAAAUCAAGCUUCAUUGACAAUUGCGAGAUUACAGGAAGCAUGUAUUUCUUCUCCAAUAGUAGCCAGGUGUGUGUUUACUAAAUUGAAGAGGGGGACAAGUUAGGACGUCAAAUUUUCUGACUGCAAGAUGCCGUAUGAAAGUGACAGUUCACAAUUGCGACAAUAUCCUGCUUCAUUGGGUUGAGUAGAACAGCAACAGAUGGAUGAUUUUUUUUUUUCGGUUGCCUUGAACCAAUAAAUCCACUUAAUAGCUUUCCACAUAAAUCUUCCGUCACUCCAGAUUUUUCUUCCAAGCUUGAAUUCUUUUUAGGUCAGCGUUGAACUUUAGAAUGGUCCAUACUACCAUUUUUUCCCUCAAGAUGUGUAUAUUUGUGGAAGACUAUUUGAUGAGAUUGUGGUGGAAAAAUGUGUUAACUGAGGGCCGUGAGUACCUGAUGUCCAACAGGGUGCCUUUAAAUGUGGUCACGGGUUUCCUGGCUCCUUUGAUGCGGUUGUCAACCUUCUCGCUGGUGUCUUCCAGGAAAUUCACCUGCAGAGAAAAUGGACUCUUAAUUAAAAAGGACACACGGAAAAGCAACAACCUUGUGGCAUUGGUGAACUCUGGACUCAGCAUGCCGUGACUGAAGGGGAAUAAUUGCAUAAUAUAAUUUUCUUGGAAACCCCCCUUGAAGGUCCCAAACUUGUACUCAUUUAAAGCAAGCAAAGUUCAACAAGCAGCAUGUCCAUUCGAGAAUGCAGAACUAAGAUAACCCACAGACUUGUGACUUGGAAAAGGCCAAAGUGGAGCACAUACGCACACUUUGGCCUAAAUCAUCCCACCGCAAGAUCAUGACGAUGAUGAUUUUGACGAUGUUUGCAUAAAAUGACGGAAAGAGAAAGCAGAUGGGAGGUGGGGUUUGUUGGUCCUGGAGAGGGGAGGGGCGCGGUUAUUGCGCUCACGUGGUUGGGAUGCGUAAGCAAAGGUGAGCGGACUUUGCAUGUGAUGGGAAAGUGAGUGACUCAUAGGGGAAGUGUGUGUGUGUGUGUGUGUGUGUGUGAUUCGAGCAACAUGCAAGCUUGAGAUGACCACUUUCGCAAGAAUGAAGACAUUGAGAUAAGCAGCUGCUAAGAAUAAAACUCAAUUUAUUCGUCGUUAUCAUUUUUAAGAGCAAACUUGAUACAGUCCAAGAAUUAAAAAGUAGAUUCAAUGUUAACACAUGCCUACGAUAGUAAAUCAAUUUUACAGUCUAAAAAUCAAAAUACAUCAGUAUUAAGAUGAUUAAAGGCACUGCUAUUACAGUAUUUGUAAAACCGAUAGAAAUGUUUGUUCGGAUCAUAAAAAAAAGCUAAUCAUAAUUAAGAUUAACAAUGGCAAUGAAUACAAUGAUUGGCAUAUUUUAAUUGCUUGAAAUGUUAUCAGAUGAAUGAAGUGCAGUUAAUGCGACUUGUGCGGUGGUCGUACAUAUUGAGGAGGAGAGAAAAUCUGAUUGGUGCUCGUCAUCGUGUUGUUUGUAGGCUUUCUCUCCAAGGCACUUGGGUUGACUUGGUCUACUGUUUUAAAAACAGUAACUCAUUUAGUGCUUUUACGGGGCAUUUGAGUGUAAAAAUAUUGUGGCUGUCGUUGGGUAGGAGUGCUGGUUGGUGAGCGACAGGAGUGCAUUUUGGCGAUUGUGCAAGAAAAAUAAAAAACAGGCUAACAAUUCUGUAGCCUUCAUAAAAACAUAAAGGUAUUCAUGUUGUCGGUUCCUUGAAAGGUUGAAAUGUAGAGGGUCAAAUAGAAAUCUCGCAUCCGGGACGGACUCAAAAGUGAGCCCGCUCACAUGAGCAGCCUGCGGAAAUCUUGUGCAGUGUGAACGCCGUAAGUGGGUGCAGUAUUCCUACGCUGCAUCACCACCUCCAGCCCUUGUUUCAAAAAAGAGAAAGAGGCAAUUAGCUUCCGAGUCAUCGAGUAUCGUGACGUCUGGAUCCCACGCGAUCUUGUCUGGAAGGGGGGACAGAUGGUGGGCGAGAGCUUGCUCCAUUAGGUAGGCUGGUCGGUAUGUGAAAGCAUAGGACAACCACUGCAGACGCUUUUUUUCCUCAAUACUUCGACUUUCCACCAACAGUGUUGUAAAACUUCCUCUUGGUUACAAUGAAUGAUUUGAAUAGCAAGGGGAAAUAAGCACCAGU